AUGCAGUCCACCUCCCAAUCCUUCUUCUCUGCCUCGAGCUCUAGCUACAGCUCCGACGGCCAGCAGCACACUGAAUCCGGCCACCGCUACACCACCUCAUCGCACACAGAGCCCGACGGCACAACCACUGUACGCACAAUCGAGCAAGGCCUUGGCCAGCCCGUUAUCGUCGAGGAGCGCCGAUUUGAUGAGCAGGGACGGGAAUUAGCUGCCUUGCCUGACGCGAAAUCCGAGGGCAUGACGAGAAGGAUUGAAGAUGUUGAUGACGAGGAUGAUUUUGAGAAAAUCGCUUGA